AUGCAACAUGGUGAACAAGAUGAAUAUAAUCAAUCAGUGAUACAAUGUUGGGUAGCACCUACACGUGCUCGUAUUGAUGAUAUUCCUACGAAUGAAAUUAUGAGUUUUGGUAUAUCUGGUGUAACUAGUUGUUUAUCAAAUGAUUACUAUUUCAAGAAUCUUAAACAUCUUAUAAUUUAUAAUCUAGAUAAAGAUCUUCUCCAAUGGUUUGUAAAAUAUGUGAAUUAUUUACAAAUUCAAUAUCUUGAUAUUUCACUACUUAGCAUUAAAUCUGAUACAAUUUCUUUACUCUUAUCAUGUAUUAGAAAUCUAACUUCACUUCGGAUUAAAUAUAGUCUUUUACUUAGUCAUCAAAACGUUUAUUUAGGAAAAGAUAAUUAUUUGAAAUAUCUUGAUAUAUCUGUUGAUGAACAUAAUUUUGAUAAAAAAGAUAUUAUUAUUAUUUCACAACUGUUUCCUUACAUAGAGCAUUUAGCAAUUAAUAUGAUAAAAUUAUCGAAUAUUCCAUUGAUAAAAACUUAUUUACCAUAUCUUCGUUGUCUUACAUUUAAAAUUAUUGAUUCUCCAUUUUCAUCUUAUAAUGAUAAUGAACAAAAAUUAUGGAAUGAUCAAUUACGGCGAAAAUUUAAAUUCUUAUUUGAACGUCAAGCAGAUUCGAUAACAAUUUGGAUUGAUCAAGAUGCAUUCGAAGAAUCUUACUGGGCACAGUUUAGUUCAAACUGGCAAAAAAACAAAUAA